AUGUCAGUGCAACACAACCUGGAAGCGGCAGAAGACUUCAAGCACGGUAAAGACAUUCAACAUCAGGAGAAAAGAGCAGUCCAGUUAGGUAAAGGCAAGAUUACAGAUUUUCAUCCCGAAGACAAGGAAGAUACGGACUUUAAGGAAAUGAGAAAAACCUCCGAGGGCCAGCAGCUGGGCAGCGCGCGAGUCACACUGAGAUGCCCAGGGAUCCCAGACAGACCUGGGAUUCGGGGCCCUGGGCCAGGCUCGCUGACGGAGGAGAGCCCGUUCCGGGACACGAACCCUGCACUGGAGCACAAAGCAGGCAGCCUCCUUUUGGCGUCCCCAGUUCGGCCCCAGGAUGUGGAAAUGACUAGGUCUUGUCCUUGCUCACAGUAUGAAAAAGCUUUCUCACCCAAGUAUCUGCAGAACUGGUCUCUCGCCAAGCCAACAAAAGAGAGGAUAUCUUCCCAUGAAGGCUACACUCAGAUUAUCGCCAAUGAACGUGGACAUCUGUUGCCUUCAGUGCCCCGUUCCAAGGCAAAUCCUUGGGGAUCCUUCAUGGGCACAUGGCAAAUGCCUCUGAAGAUACCCCCUGCUCGGGUGACCCUGACCUCCCGUACAGCUGCUGGUGCUGCCUCCCUCACCAAAUGGAUACAGAAAAAUCCUGAUUUACUGAAGGCCUCCAAUGGGCUGUGUCCUGAAAUCUUAGGCAAGCCGCAUGAUUCAGACAGUCAGAAGAAACUCAGGAAGUCGAUCACAAAGACUGUACAACAAGCAACAAGUCCAACCAUAAUCCCAAACUCCCCAGCCUCAAGUCUCAAUACCCUAGAUCAACUCCAAAGCUCACAUCCCUCGGCAGGUCACACUCCAGGUCCCCAGACCCCAGCUAGCUCUCCUAAGAGCCCACCUGGAAGCCCAUGCACGCUAGAACACUGUGCAGGUCCUAAUCUAGCCGAGGUCCAGAAAUGCAAACCUGGAACUUCAUAA